CUAGACAACAUGCCCUUGCGAAGUUCUGGCAAGUUGAGCAUGGAGACCAGAAAAGAAGAUGGUGAGAGCACGGCACCUGCCCCUCCGCAGAAGAAGCUGUCCUGUCAGUGCCACCACCACUGUCCUGAGGACUCAGUCAACAGCACCUGCAGCACCGAUGGCUACUGCUUCACCAUAAUAGAAGAAGAUGAGUCUGGUGGACAUUUAGUCACCAAGGGAUGUCUUGGAUUGGAGGGCUCGGACUUCCAGUGUCGGGACACCCCUAUUCCACACCAAAGAAGAUCUAUUGAAUGUUGCACAGGCCAAGAUUACUGUAACAAACACCUUCACCCUACACUGCCACCACUGAAAAAUCGAGACUUUGCUGAAGGAAACAUUCACCAUAAGGCCCUGCUGAUCUCGGUGACUGUUUGCAGCAUACUUCUGGUGCUUAUCAUCAUAUUCUGCUACUUCAGGUACAAACGCCAAGAGACGAGGCCCCGCUACAGCAUCGGGCUGGAGCAGGAUGAGACCUACAUUCCCCCUGGAGAGUCCCUGAAGGAUUUGAUCGAGCAGUCCCAGAGCUCAGGGAGCGGCUCCGGGCUCCCUCUCCUGGUUCAAAGGACCAUCGCGAAACAGAUUCAGAUGGUGAAGCAGAUUGGAAAAGGUCGCUAUGGAGAAGUCUGGAUGGGAAAGUGGCGUGGCGAAAAGGUAGCCGUGAAAGUGUUUUUUACCACAGAGGAGGCCAGCUGGUUCAGAGAAACGGAAAUCUACCAGACUGUCCUGAUGAGGCAUGAAAAUAUUCUCGGAUUCAUUGCCGCAGACAUUAAAGGUACAGGAUCUUGGACCCAGCUGUAUCUCAUCACUGACUACCAUGAGAACGGCUCACUUUAUGAUUAUCUAAAAUCUACUACCUUGGACACAAAAGCCAUGCUAAAACUGGCUUACUCUUCCGUCAGUGGCUUGUGCCACCUGCACACUGAGAUCUUCAGUACUCAGGGCAAACCCGCUAUUGCCCACCGUGACCUAAAAAGUAAGAAUAUCCUGGUGAAGAAGAAUGGCACCUGCUGCAUAGCAGAUUUGGGCUUGGCUGUUAAAUUUAUCAGUGAUACAAACGAGGUAGACAUACCUCCAAAUACCCGUGUAGGAACAAAACGCUAUAUGCCUCCUGAGGUGCUGGAUGAAAGCUUGAACAGAAAUCACUUUCAGUCCUACAUCAUGGCUGAUAUGUACAGUUUUGGACUCAUCCUUUGGGAGAUAGCAAGGAGAUGUGUUUCAGGAGGAAUAGUUGAGGAAUACCAGCUUCCAUACCACGACCUUGUGCCCAGCGACCCCUCGUAUGAGGACAUGCGGGAGAUUGUGUGCAUCAAGAGACUACGCCCUUCGUUUCCCAACAGAUGGAGCAGUGAUGAGUGCCUACGGCAGAUGGGGAAGCUGAUGAUGGAGUGCUGGGCUCACAACCCUGCCUCCCGGCUCACAGCCCUGCGGGUCAAGAAAACACUUGCCAAAAUGUCAGAGUCGCAGGACAUUAAGCUCUGA